CUUCCUUUUUCUGUGUUCUUCCUUUCUGCCUCUUCUCGGCCUCUUAUUGUCUCCUCCCCAGCCGCUGUCCUUCCGUCCAUCACAGCCACUGCCAACAACCCAGCUGUCGGUGUCUCCAACUGGUCUUUCCCCACUCUAGGCAAAGAUGUCGGUCCAGGGGAACUGCCUCAGCCUCAUCAAAUACUUCCUCUUCGUGUUCAACAUCUUCUUCUUUGCCCUCGGCAGCUUGAUUUUCUGCUUCGGCAUCUGGAUCCUCAUUGACAAGACCAGCUUCGUGUCCUUUGUGGGCUUUUCAUUUGUGCCACUGCAGACCUGGUCCAAGGUCCUGGCCAUCUCUGGGAGUCUCACCAUGGGCCUCACUCUCCUGGGUUGUGUGGGGGCCCUCAAGGAACUUCGCAGCCUCCUGGGUCUGUAUUUUGGGAUCCUGCUGCUCCUGUUUGCCACGCAGAUCACCCUGGGCAUCCUUAUCUCCACUCAGCGGGUUCGGCUGGAGAGAAGGGUUAAGGAGCUCGCGCUGAGCACCAUCCAAAGCUACGGCUCCAACCCGGAGGAGACUGCGGCCGAGGAGAGCUGGGACUACGCCCAGUUCCAGCUGCGCUGCUGCGGCUGGCACUCUCCACAGGACUGGCUCCAGGUCCUCAUCCUGAAAGGCAACGAGUCGGAGGUGGACCGUGUGCCUUGCUCCUGCUACAAUUCAUCCGCGACCAACGACUCCACAGUCUUUGAAAAGAUGUACUUCUCCCAGCCCGGUGGGCUCGGAUCGCGGGCGCGGUCCAGACACAACACAGACUUGUGCUCUGUGCCAGCCUACAGCCACAUCUACCGCGAGGGCUGCGCGAAGAGCCUCCAGAAUUGGCUGCACAACAACCUCAUCUCCAUAGUGGGCAUUUGCCUGGGCAUCGGUCUACUCGAGCUUGGCUUCAUGACGCUGUCGAUAUUCAUGUGCAGAAACCUGGACUACGUCUAUGACCGACUUGCUAGAUACAGCUGAGCCCGACUCCACCCCUCCCGUGCCCUCCCCGCUCCCUGGAACUAUAAGUAUUUGUUUAAUCCCUAGUUUGCCUGGGCUUUGAGCGCUCCCCUUAUUCCCCUGGGGCACCAGGUGUCUGCCUACCCUAUAGCCACCAUUUUCCCCCCAGGGGAACCUAGGGCUUCCUGUCCCACACUUAUCUGAUGGCCAACCACCUCCCACAAGAUUAUUUUUGACCCAAACCUCAAAUAAAUCCCCUAUGUUUUGGUAAAAUAA